CGCUUGUACAUAGUCGCGUCGAGACAAUCUUGAGUUUGUUAGUUUAGUCAUACAAAUAUCUCCAAAAGUGCAUGGAUCCUGCGCUAAAAAGCGUCAAAAGUGCAUGAAUCCAGUGCUUAAAUCUGAUAACAAGUGUUAAUUUGAAUGAAUCGGAGUAUAAAACGUUAAAAUUGUAAAUGAUUUUAUGAAUCGGUGGGUUAAAAGCGAUUGUGUGUGAAAAUGAAUUUUUAUCGUGGAAAAGACUUAGGAAACUUCACUUAGGCGGUGCUAGCAGUCCAGAUGCAGAAUCCGGGGCCGCCAGGUGGGGGACGCUGACUGGGGAGCCAUGGGUGGCACGUGGCGCUCGCUGUGCCAGGUGCUGCAGCGGAGGCGCGUGUACCAGCCUGAACAGCUGGACCAGGGGAACUUGAGGAGAUGUCUGUCAAUAUGGGACCUCACCGCACUGGGCGUGGGCAGCUCGCUGGGCGUGGGCGUGUACGUGCUGAUCGGCUCCGUGGCGCUGCACCUCGCCGGACCCUCGAUAGUGCUGUCGUUCCUCAUUGCAGCUGUGGCAGCCAUAUUUGCAGGCAUGUGCUACGCGGAGUUCGGGUCGCGCGUGCCGAAGGCUGGGUCUGCGUACGUCUACACGUACGUGACCGUGGGCGAGUUCGUGGCCUUCGUCAUCGGCUGGAACAUGAUCCUUGAGGCGGUAUUUGGUACGGCCAGCGUGGCCCGCGGUCUCAGCAUGUACGUGGACUCCAUGACGAACAGCUCCAUGUCGUCAUGGUUCACGUCGGUCGCGCCCAUCGCCUCCGCGCACUUCUCCCCGCACUUCGACUUCUUCUCCUUCUUCGUUGUCAUGUUCAUAGGGGUGCUGCUAGCGUGCGGAGUGCGCGAGUCGUCAAUGGUGAACAACGUGUUCACCGGCGUCAACCUACUGGUCAUCGCGUUCGUCAUCCUCGCGGGCGCGUUCAAAGCUGAUCUCAGCAACUGGAGUAUACCAGAGGCAGACGUUCCUGAAAACCGUGGAAAGGGAGGUUUCUUUCCUUACGGCAUCUGGGGAAUGCUGAAGGGGGCUGCGGUCUGCUUCUAUGGAUUUGUGGGCUUCGACAGCAUCAGUUCUACAGGCGAAGAGGUGCACGAUCCACGGCGAGCCAUACCGAUUUCUAUAAUGGGCACGCAAGUUAUAGUGUUUGUGACCUACGCUGGCGUGGCUACCGUCGUCACUAUGAUGAUGCCGUACUACCUGCAGGAGAACGUAGCGUCAGUGGCGACGGCGUUCAGUUUCGUGGGCUGGGAGUGGGCGCGCUGGCUGGUCACCGUGGGCGCCAUCCUGGGCAUCACUGCCAGUUUGUACGGUGGUUUGUUUCCGCUGACUCGUCUCCUGUACUCGAUGGCAUCUGACGGUCUUCUGCUCCACUGGCUCGCAAGGGUUACCGUCAAACGCAAGUCGCCUACCAUCGCAACCAUCCUGUCAGCUAUUGUUAUAGGUCUCCUGGCAGCCAUCUUGGAGCUAAAUGAGUUGGUACUCAUGAUGUGUGUCGGGACUUUGGUGUCUUACACCAUUGUUGCAUCCUGCGUCCUAAUUCUAAGGUAUCGCUCGGAGGCGCCCCCUCCCGGUAUAUCGCUCGCGAAGCAAAUCUUCGGCCUCGGCGAGCGAUCGGCGAAUAGGAACACUUCUUGCAUUAUCAAUAUCUCGCUUGUAAUAUUCGUAUGCACAUGCUUCACGGCGGGAAUAGUGACCCACCACGCCAUGGAGCCUGUGGUGUACGUGUCAGUUCUCCACGCGGUGGCCCUCGGCCUGCUGGCCGUCAUGACGCUGCAGCCUCAAGUGAAGGAGGAGUUGAGUUUCAAGACUCCCCUGGUUCCAAUCAUCCCAUGCCUGAGUAUAUACGUCAAUAUUAAUUUGAUGGUCCUCAUCAAAUUGGAGACUUGGAUACGAGUUUUCAUAUGGAUUGCUAUUGGUAUACCAGUGUACAUAGUCUGUGUAUGCUGCUACAAACAGAGAAACGAAGAAAAUUUGGAAGAUAGCAUAAAUGCUUCGAAAGCAAUUGUCAAUGGAAAGGUGCCAGUACAAAUAUAUGUUGUAUCGCCGACCCCUCCUGGUACUAUCAAGCGUAAUACUCAAGGGGACCCAGCAUUACAAGAUCAUAAGAUAUUAGAACUUCAUUCACAAGAAGAUAUAAUAAAAGAACAACCAAUCGUAGUCGAGCAGAAAAUAGUGCAACACGCGUACAUAGAGGACAACGAAGAAAAAGAAGCCAAAAUCAUAGAUCUACUUGAUCAAGUGUUACAAGCUGAAGAAGAUUCGUACGGAGAAAUUAUUAGUUUAAAAGAACAAAAGGAAGACGAAACCGAAGAACAAGAAAACGAUACUCACAGAAAAUCUUUAAGUGAAUUAUCUGACGCUGGAUCGGAAGCAUCUAUGGGUAUUCAAGUAUUAUCUAAGUAUGAUGUUAUAGUUCAAGUACAUAGAGAAGAUUUACCGAAACUGAACGAGGAAGAGGAGAAAAUCGAUAAAGAAGAAGCCGAAUUUAAAGAAGGCAACGUUAAUAUGGACGAGGAAGUAACUGCGUUUAAUGACAGCGAUUCACGAACGGAUGAGUCUGGUUACUCAGACACUAUAGACAAAACAGCACUCAAUGAGUCUAUGGAAGAUUUUAAGGAGGAUGCAGAUAUUCCAAACAUACCGACACCUCCACCUUUAGAUGAAAGUUACUUUGCGAGUCCUGGUUUCAAAAAAUCCUACACAAUGUCAGCAAUUCCAUUAAAAAACAAAAUUAUUGAACCAGAAAAAGGGAACAAGAGAGAAAGCGUUAUGUCGAACAAUUCUUACGAUGACGGUCCAAUGGUGUUUGGGAGUGAUAAGCAAAUGAAUUUCAUGUCGAAAUUAGAAAACUUAUUUCAAACUAAAAUGGCAGGCAACGACGAAGAACCUAUAAAAAGAUCAAAUUCAGUUGGCAAUGUAGUGGAAAAUACAGACGAUGAUAAAAUCCCAGAACGACCUGCGAUAUGGCUAGAUUUAAAAAAAGAAAUCAUGCUAGGCGUAGCUGCGCAUAAUCUGCGCCAUGUACAUAUGGAAGACAAUAAUAAUAAGGCGCCUAUAGAUGAUACAGACGAAGAAGAACCAAGUUUAAGUAGGGAAGAUUUGAAAUCGAAAUUAGAGUCAAUUUUCUCUACAGGGGGUCCAAAACCAAUGAAAGCUAGAUUAAUGAAAUCAAACCCACCUACGCCCGAGGAAGCUUACCAAACCGAUACUUCUAGUACUGAGAGUAUUGCUAAACUUCCAAAAAUGGAGAAAAAUGAUACAUUGAAAAGACAAAAAACGAAAUUUGGGGAAGUUUUGAAUUCAUUCCGCUUGACUUUAAACAAAGAUGAUGAAGUGUGAUUAUUACAGAUUAGGGUAUAGUUUGUGUCAAAUAAUAUAAUGUGGGUAAAGACUUGUGUAAUGGUAGGCGCUGUGUUUUAAAACUUGAAAGCAUGUUUUGUGCUCAUAUAAAUAAUUAUUUACUACUUUGUUCAGACUCGUGAAGAUGGGAGGUAAAGGUUUUAGAAUCGUUACCAGUUGAAUGAACCUAGUCUUAUGUUGUAAGUGCCUUAUUUAAAGAAAAUAUUGUUUUGUUGUAUGUUUUAUACUUUUAGAGUGGAUUUUUCGAUCGCUGGAUAAACUUUAACUCAUGUAUU